ACCCGCCCGCUUCACGCCCGAGCUCUGACCCGAGCAGAGGACUGGGAAGGGGGGGGGGAAACGAAGAUGGGACUGUCUGAUGCGAAGCGGCGAGCCCGCCGGGCCAUCGACAUUGCUCCCUCCUCCUCCGACUGAGAGCGAGAAGCGAGUAGAGGUUCAUCUGCGGCGCAGUAGCCUCCGGUGUUAUUGAACGGCGCCGAAGGACUGUGCGAGCUAACGGGACCGACAGACCAGCGUCUGUUGAGCGCGGCUGAAAAGCGGCUUUUCAGAGAGCACGCUGCUGCCCGCGUCGGGCUGAGCGGUCGUGGAGAUGAAACCUGCAUGCGCCUGCGAGAUGACCAUCCGGAGCUGAGUUGCGUCCCGAGAACCGCAACAUCGGAACCGUCUGCCUGAGCCGUAGCUUUACUCAAAUUUGAGGGAUUAAGCAACCAGGAUAACCGAGGUAUUUUUGAACUGGACAGAGCCAGACUCGCUGUUUCCCUGUUUCCAGUCUUUGUACUAAGCUAACCGGCUGUUGGCUCUGAUGGUGAGUCACGCCCUCUCUCUCUCGGAUCGUCUCAGUGAAUAGCUGGCCGCACAAAGGUGAAAGGAUCGCAGCUCAGCUGAUAAAUAAAACCCUCUCCCUUCUGCACAGCGUGGGAGAAAGUGCCACAGCGGUGCCGGUGCGGCAUCUCUGUGGGCUGAUAAGUGGAGUGAAAGCAAUGUUGUGCGAUCAUCUUUCACUCUGAGCCACUCGGCUUUCAUGCCGUGGCCGUGGAGCCAGCGCUCACGUCUGGACUGUCAGUGGGAAUGCAGAGAGACUCUCACGUGGCCAUGAUCUGCAGAGCUGCACAGUACACAGGUUUAAAGCAUCUUUCAUGAGACUGAAGAGGCAUACUAGAGAAAAAAAAUGCUAUUGUUCGGAUGACCUUCAUACAGGAUUAAGACACUUAACUUUUUCUUCAUUUUAGUUGCUGCCCAGUGGGGCUGUUUGGUGGGAGCAAGGGGAGUUGGUUUUGACUCUUCUGCUUUAUGACUUUUCAUUACUGGGAGAGUGUGUCUGAGUGGCAGGGGGAGCCAGCAUGGCCAAGGCUCUGCUAAAGAUACAGCGCUAUUUCCGCAGGAAACCUGUCCGUUUCUUUUCCCUCAUCCUCCUCUACCUGACCGCCGGGAGCCUUGUCUUCCUGCACUCUGGCUUUGUCGGCGACAGUGGCCCUGGAGGCCGAGGGGGCCGAGACUCUGUGGCAGCUGCAGAGACGGGCAGCCGGACGUCAUCGUCAGACACUCGGGGGCAUGGCAUCAUGAGUAGAGUGUUCAAGGAGACACGCAGGUCUGGCCGGAGGUAUGGCCCUCCGUGGAUGAAAAAGACCGCACAGGAGGGCCCAGAGACAGAGGGCCGUGGGGGAGACUACACCAGCAACUGGAACCGUGCACUUAAAGGACGCAAUGCCAAAGACGUGGACGAUGGAAGAGCAAAGUACAUUGGCUGCUAUGUUGAUGACACACAGAAAAGAGCGCUGAGAGGAGUUUCCUUUUUUGACUACAAAAAAAUGUCUGUAUUCCGUUGCCAGGACAACUGUGCAGAAAGAGGAUACAUGUACGCAGGCCUGGAGUUUGGAGCCGAGUGCUACUGUGGUCACAAGAUCCAGGCGCCCAACGCUUCAGAGAGCGAAUGCAGCAUGGAGUGUAAAGGAGAGAAGAGCAACCUGUGUGGAGGAGCCAACAGACUCUCCAUCUAUAGGCUGGAGCUGAGCCAGGAGUCAGCGCGCCGCUAUGGCAGUGCCAUUUUCAAGGGGUGUUUCCACCGGCCGGACAAUGUCACAUUGGCACUUCCCUUCAGCACAGUCAUCCAAAACAUGUCUGUGGACAAGUGUGUGGACAUGUGCACAGAGAGGGAGAAAUCGCUGGCCGUCCUGGCUGGAGAUCGCUGUUACUGCGGCUUCCCGACAUCCCUUUUCUCCCUUCAUGAGCUGGAGGACGAGGACAUGUGUCUCCACCGCUGCCACGGGGAAGAGUUCGAGAGCUGCGGGAAUCACGAGUACUUUGUGGUGUACCAGACGCAGGUUCAAGAUAACCGUUGCAUGGACAGACACUUCCUCCCAAGUCGUGCUAAGCAGCUGGUAGCCCUCGCCAGUUUCCCUGGAGCCGGCAACACCUGGGCUCGCCACCUCAUAGAGCUCGCCACUGGCUUCUACACCGGCAGCUAUUACUUUGAUGGCUCUCUUUACAAUAAAGGAUUUAAAGGGGAGCGGGACCACUGGCGGAGUGGGAGGACGAUCUGCAUUAAGACACAUGAGAGUGGCAGGAAGGAGAUCGAAGCCUUUGACUCCAGCAUCCUCAUGAUCCGAAACCCCUACAAAGCCCUCAUGGCAGAAUUUAACAGAAAAUAUGGCGGUCACAUUGGAUUUGCCUCCCAGGCUCACUGGAGAGGGAAAGAGUGGCCCGAGUUUGUGAAGAACUAUGCCCCUUGGUGGGCGUCCCACACGUUGGACUGGUUGAAUUAUGGGAAGAACGUCCAUGUGGUCCACUUUGAGGACCUGAAGAGGGACCUGUUCUCCCAGCUCAAGGGGAUGGUACAGUUUCUGGGUUUGAAGGUUUCUGAGGACCGCCUGCUCUGUGUUGAGGGCCAGAAAGAUGGGAACUUCAAGCGAUCAGGGCUGCGAAAACUUGAAUAUGACCCGUAUACGAGCAAAAUGCGAGCAAACAUUAACGAACUGAUCGCAACGGUAGACGCUGCAUUGAAGAAAAGGAACAUGUCUGGAGUUCCAGAGGAAUAUAUGCCAAGAUGAUACACAGUAUGUGAUCCCCAUGUUUCCUCUUUUUUCUCACUUAAUUGGACUGUUCUGUCAAAAAGUUCUGCACCGUGUUUUGUAGGAUUACAUGACUUAAAUACUUUUUUCAAUUAUUUUUCUGUGAAGUCUUAUAGGUUGAAGCUGUAGUGAGAAGAAAUCAGUGUAUUUACCCUCUUAUUUUCUUUUCUUUUUUUUCAUGCAUUAAUAGAAGACCAGAAGACCAUUUUAAGUGGGGGGGUUUGUUUUUCUCUUUGGCUGAAUGAAAAGAAUGGAAAGCACUUAUUUUCCUGCUCUAUGCACAUGUGCUGUGUAGGCAUGUGCACAUGCCUUAACAUGUAGAAGGUACAAUAGCUGUGACUACAGAGAUCUGACUGUGCUGGGUGAUGCGUUGCCAGUGAAAAAACAUCUGACCCAAAUUAUGAUACAAUACUGCAAAGUGAGCUUAUUUUGUGCAAAAGAGAAAUAACUAUUACCAGUAAUCAAAACAUAAAAUUUUCCGCUGCUAUCACAGUUACAGAAUACUACUAUUUUAUACAUGAACUUCGCUGAACACUUAAAAACUUUGAGCCCUUUUUUAGAGGGAAAAACGUAAUAUGCAGGCUUUAACUACCUGAUGCUGAUACUGCGUGUUUCCGAGUUUUUGUAAGUUAUUCAACUUACUGUACGUAAGAGAAAACAUGUUUUUGAUGUCUUAGAGGUAAAGAAACUCAAUUCUCAGCUCCUCAUAUUCAAGAAGUUGAAUAAUCCCUCUUGAAGGCACUGACUCAAGGAGAGAAGAGGAUUUAUCUCUACAGCAUUUAUUUAUCUCUGGUGUGCAGUGCACACGUGACUAAAUUGGUUGUGAAUAUGUUUUCUUAACACUGGACUCGAUGCAGAAAUCCAAAAAGCACUUUGCUGUGCAACACUUGCCCCAAAGAUCACUGAGGAAUUAGGCAUUACACUCAUGUUAUAGAUUAGAGGAUACUUUUAGUAGUAGUGAUCGUUAUAGAUUUAUUUUUAGCUAAUCAUACUGAAUGGUAAAACUGUUGUUUAUUUUUAUUUCUUUGUUGUAAGAAGAGCUAUGAAAGUUAAAGCUGGUGAUAAUUUUACUCUUCAUAAUUAGAAAAAAAUCUUCACAAAAGAGUGAAAAAUUCUGCUCAGAUUUUAUAAGCAGCACGUCUUAUAAUGGUACUCAUUGUGCUAUGCCAUAUGCUUAAAAACAUACAAAUAAAUAAAUAAAUAUAUGAAUAUAUACAUACAUAAAAACACCAGUGACUGAGAGACAGAAAACAUUAACUGACUUCCAUUUUCAGUAUAAUAUAAAUAUAUUUUUAUAGUGUAUGCUGACACAUCAAAAAUAUUUGUAUUGCAACAAGCAAACAGGAGAAAUUGUUUCUAUUUUAACACAUGCUUUAAAUUUUAUUGGCUCUCUCUUUCAUUGACAAGCAGGCACUUUCUGAACAUAGGUGUCUUGUUUGAAUGUAUUUUCUAUGGAAUGAAUGUAAUGUGAUAAAGCCCAAUAAAUGAGGACAUUAAAUAAGUUACUAUGGCCCACUCUUUUUACACAUGCUUUCAGAGGAAAUGUUGGAACUGAAAUGACUAGUAAAAAGGUGUCGUGUUUUUGGAGAUCAAAGAAUAUCUGGAACCCCCAGGCCCCUCCAUUAAACGCAUUAAGCCAUA